AGGAAGGAAGGAACAGGAAAAGGAGGAAGGGCGGAGGGGAAAGCGAAGGCGCGGACGGGCCCCUCUGCGAAAAGCAGUUGCAGCUCAACAGCCAUCCAUCCAUCCAUCCUCCUUCGGGCCGGCAGAGAAGGAAGGAAGGAAGGAACAGGAAAAGGAGGGAGGGCGGAGGGGAAAGCGAAGGCACGGACGGGCCCCCCUGCGAAAAGCUUGACGCUGUUGCUGCUGCUGCUCCCUGUACCGGCUGCUUCGUCUCUAGCCCCGUCCUCCCCUCUCCCCUCGCGCCGCUUGGUCUCGUCCGCUCCUCACUCCCUGCCAUGUUGGAUUGUGCGGCCGGAGCCGGGGAGAAGUUGGAAGUUUAGGGCUUGUCGGGAAAGAGAGGAGGGAGAAGGAGGAGGAGGAAGGGCAAGCAGGGAGGAUUCGCUUCCCACCUCCCUUCCUCUCUUGCCGGGGCCUGCCGGGAGCGGCCUAGUCAGCCCGCCCGCCGCCCCCCCCUCCCCGGGCUCCCUCCGGUUGCCGCCCCGAUGCUGCUGCAGUGAGGAAGGCUGCUGCGCCGCCGCCGCCACCCUCUGAGGGGACGCGGGGCCGACCCGGAGACGAGCCCGCGCAGGCGAGCGCCAGCCCGCAAGAGCCGCCGGAGGCACAAGAGGAGGUGGAGCAGGAGGUCCCGGGCGGGCCCCGCCGGCGGCCGCGAUGAGCAACAACCAGCAGCAGCCCCCGCCGCCGCGGCGGGUCACCAACGUGGGCUCGCUGCUGCUCACCCCGCAAGAGAACGAAAGCCUCUUCGGCUUCCUCGGCAAGAAAUGUGUGACAAUGUGUUCUGCAGUUAUUCAGAUUUAUGCAGCAGAUCGCAAUGCCAUGUGGUCAAAGAAGUGCUGUGGUGUCGCCUGCCUUGUAAAAGACAAUCCACAAAGGUCUUAUUUUAUCAGAAUAUUUGAUAUCAAGGAUGGAAAGCAAUUAUGGGAACAAGAAUUGUAUAAUAACUUUGUAUAUAAUACUCCUAGAGCUUAUUUUCAUACCUUUGCUGGAGAUACAUGCCAGGUGGGUCUUAAUUUUGCUAAUGAAGAAGAAGCUAAAAAAUUCCAGAAGACAAUAACAGAUUUACUUGGACGACGACAACGAAAAUCUGAGAAAAGGAGAGAUCUUCCAAAUGGUCCAAGUCUACCAAUGGCAACAGUUGACAUAAAAAACCCAGAAAUCACCACUAAUAGAUUUUAUAGUUCACAAGUCAACAACAUUUCAUAUACCAAAGAGAAGAAAAAAGGAAAAGCGAAAAAGAAGAGAUUGACAAAGGCAGAUAUUGGAACUCCAAGCAAUUUCCAGCACAUUGGGCAUGUUGGCUGGGACCCAAACACAGGCUUUGAUGUUAACAACUUGGAUCCCGAGUUGAAAAACCUAUUUGAUAUGUGUGGAAUUUCAGAGGCUCAGCUGAAAGACAAAGAAACGUCCAAGGUUAUAUAUGAUUUUAUCGAAAAAACAGGAGGAGUAGAAGCUGUUAAAAAUGAAUUGCGUAGACAAGGUCCACCACGUUGGAGUGCUCCUCCACCACCUCCGCCAUCUAGGGGAGGUCCCCCACCACCACCUCCCCCACCACCACAUAGCUCAGGGCCACCUCCUCCUCCUGCUAGGGGAAGAGGAGCUCCCCCUCCCCCUCCUUCAAGAGCUCCAACAGCAGCUCCUCCACCUCCUCCUCCUUCCAGACCUGGUAGUGCAGUUCCACCUCCUCCACCAAAUAGGAUGUAUCCUCCUCCACCUCCAGUUCAUUCUUCUUCUGCACCCUCAGGCCCACCUCCACCCCCUCCACCGCCAUCAGGUGGUUCUUGUGUGCCUCCACCCCCUCCUCCACCCCCUCCCCCUCCUGGUCCUCCUCCUCCUCCUGGUCUUCCAGUAGAAGUUGACCAUCAACUUCCAGUUCCUUCAGGAAACAAAGCGGCUCUCUUAGAUCAAAUCAGAGAAGGUGCCCAAUUAAAGAAAGUAGAGCAGAACAGUCGGCCGGUUUCCUGCUCUGGAAGAGAUGCACUGCUUGAUCAGAUACGACAGGGUAUACAGCUGAAGGCGGUAUCUGAUGGCCAAGAGACUACACCACCUACGUCUGCACCCACCUCUGGUAUUGUGGGAGCACUAAUGGAGGUUAUGCAGAAAAGGAGCCGAGCCAUUCAUUCUUCAGAUGAAGAUGAGGAUGAAGAAGAUGAAGAAGACUUCGAGGAUGAUGAUGAAUGGGAUGACUGAUCAAUAUAUUAUAUAUCAUAUAUAUAUAUAUUUUUAAGGUGAAAUACUAAACUACUUUCUGUCUAUGGAUUCUGUAAAAUUAUCAUGUAAAUGUUCUACCAAUUUGCUGUAUAUUUUUGUUGCCUUUUGCUUUUUUAUUAAUCUGUGCAAUACCUCAUUUAAUCUGUAAAGGUUUGUCAUAAUCCUAUACAAAGCUACUCCCAAUUUAAUGUGUGCAAGUUUACAUCAGGUUGCUCAAUGUACAUGUGAAUACGUUCCAUUCCAUCAAUAAGGGAGUGUUUAUGUAAUAUGUGAGAUUGACAAACACCUUAAAUGUAUUUAGUUAUACUACAAGAAGGAAAACACUAUUUUCAUACCCUACUUUUUCUGUAUCUAAAUUUUCUUAUUAAAACCUAGUAUAGCACUACAUUCUUUAAGCAAUGCAGCUCCUAGUUUUAUUUAGCCCCAUCAUCUUGGAAACUGCUACAUGGAUGAGGCUGAUAAAACAAACCAUUUCGAUUCUUAACACUACAGUUCACACUUAACAUUAAGCUAUAAAACAAUCACUAGAAAAAUAAAAUGGUUGUGAAUGUUUUCCCUGAUCCUGGAGCAGUAUGGCCUGCUGGUGGGGGAGUUCUGACACCUGGAUGCUGAGUUUAGGAACAUCCCAGCUGAGCAGGACACCUUUCUGAAUUGUGAUUCCUGCCAGCUACCUGACUCAAGGAAGAGAAGUUGACACAUAUGGCAACUUGUGCAGUCAUUUAUUUAUUUUUAUAGAAUUUUUAUUUUUUACUGAAGGGCUGUGUCUGAAGUUUGCUCUAAGAUGGAUUUACUUUAAUUUUAAAAUGUGUAGGGCAUCAGUGUACUAAUAAGUGAGCUUAAAUGGUGCAACACUAUAGUCCUUACAGAUUAUGGAAGAAACCAUCACAAGGCAUGAGCACCAGAUUUUACGUCUAGAAACUGAAAUCAUUAACAUAAGGAUGGAUGCCUUAAAUAUGCUUCUCCUUACUGUGAUAGUCUUCCCUAAGGUGAUAGGAGCAGGUUUAGUGGUGAGGGGCAGGUGGCUGACUUCCCUCAAGCUAGUCUCUCUCUCUCUCUAGGAGAGCUCAACCUGUUAGUGUUGAUGCUGAGAUACAGCUCCUUAUUACCCACAGGCUUGCUUGUUCAUCUUCAAGCACUACAAAUUAAUCUCUAGACCUUGAGACAAAAGUAGGUUGAGCCAAUUGAGCUGCUUGCCUUUUUACCUUUUUGGAGAGACUCACUACGACAAAAUUUGUAAACCACUGUUUUUUAUGUGUACUGAAUUUGCUUAUUGCAAUACUUGGGUUCUCCCCCCCCCCCCAAUUAAUAUCAAAGGAUGUAAUUGUAAAAGACAGAAGGCCGUACACUUGGAAAUAGCAUUCCAAUACAUGAUGGGAAAAUUGAGUUUUCAUCUUUACUAAUGGAUUUAACACUUGGGAUAUCUGCCCAUUUUAUAUGCAGUAAUGCAUUUAAAAUAGGCAAUGACAAUGCUAAUCCUUUACUUGCAGUAAGAAAACAUUUAGGUAGAAAACAUUAAAAAUGUGUCUCUGAUGCAAAAUGUUUCAAGUUGGACAUAUUUGGAGUACAAUUAACACAAGCUUUCUUCCUAGCUUUUCCUUACUUUGUUCUUGGUAUAUUGGACAGAAUUGUAUUUACUGAAACCCAGUGUUGGCCUGAUCUUGGCAGGCUGGACCUGCAUGAUGUGGCUUGGAUUUCUAGUGCAGGUAUAAUGUAUGCCUAGCAUUUGAGCUUUCAAUUGCAUAAAGAGAAUGGAAUUUAAAAGGUUGUGUUGACGAAAGAAAGUGCAGUGAAGCAGAAGCUAAAUUAUUUAGAGGAGGAGAACUUCUUUAAGCACACAAUUUGGGGGAGGAGACUUCUUUUUAAAGUGUCUUUUCUCCUUGCAGUCGUAUUUACAGUACUGCCUGCUGCUAGAAAGACUUUGAAACUAGCAUUGCUGCUAGUAUGGCCUGAGGACUGUGAACAGUGUGGCUGAGGCCUAGUUUAAAUGCUACAGCGAAGGAUUAAGAAUGUGUGCACAUGGGAGAGGUGGUAACAGCUUUCAGUACAGCUUCUAGUGUUGUCUCUGUAGUUCUGAUACCAUAAAGGGCAUUUUAAAGUGGACACUGCUCAGGUGGCCUCCAAAGAUGUUACUUAUCAGCAUGAAUUAAGCACAUGCUUUUGGAGUUCAGAGAGCUAGGAAAGGUUUAAUAUUGUAUGUUUGGGAUACUUGUGUAAUCUGCGAAUCACUUGCCAAACAGGUUUUGAUUUUUUUCCCCUAUACAAAGUGUAUCUAUGUAAUUGCACAAAAGUUCAAAUGUUUCCUUUCAAUAGCAUUGUAAUGUUUUAAGUUAAGGCAUGACUGCAGUUACAAUUAGGCUAAAAAGUCACAGCUGCAUGUUUCUGCUUUCUUCUGCUUCCAGUAGCAACAGGAGGCAGUGUUUUUCAUGGUAUUGAGCACUACUGCUAACCAUUGUAACAAGGCAGCCUCAUGUACCAGUUAAACUGACUGUCCAGGUAGCCUUGGAAACUAGCAAAUGACGUGAGGCUUAUAUCUUGACACUAUGCAUAGACAAUAUCAACUAGCCGCUUGUACUCUGAAAACGUUUCAAUCAUUCAGUUCUUUCCGUUUGAUCAAAUUGAAAUUCUUGGUAUGUGAAUUUUUUCGUUGUUUUUUUUUUUUAAUGUACAGUGAAUAGGAUGUUGCACUGGUGGCAAUUCAUCAUGGAGCAUAAUAAAAUUAAUUUGACUCAGUA